CGCUGCGGCUGUCAGUUACAGUUUGGUUUGUGGUUCGGUCGAACAUGGCGGCAGACGGAUGGAAAUACUGAUGACAGUCCGAAAAAUCGCCUCGAUUUGUACGAUGUUUCAAGCACAGAUUGUGUUUAGGGAGUAUCCCCUAUCCUACCGCUGAACUGCAGAACAUGAACCGAGAAGAGAAACUGUGGGCAGAACAUUUCAUUAAAACCCAGACUUCCUAAACUCGAGCUUCGAGGUUACUGUAGGUUAUUCAUCGUGAACUUAAAACGAACAGGGCGCCAAUGCCUCUGCUUUGGAGAAAGAGAUUGGACCGGAACAGUUCCCUGUAAAUGAACACUACUUUGGCUUGGUCAACCAUCGCCACACAGAAGAAGAAGGUGGGAGUCAUCCCGCCCAAGAAGUUCAUCUCCAGAUUGAGGAAGGAGAAUGAACUGUUUGAUAACUACAUGCAGCAGGAUGCCCACGAGUUCCUCAACUAUCUGCUAAACACUAUCGCUGAUCUACUGCAAGAGGAGAAGAAGCAGGAGAAGCAGAAUGGCAAACUGCAGAACGGGAGUGUGGAGAGCGAGGAGGGGGACAAACCCGACCUAACUUGGGUCCACGAGAUCUUCCAGGGAACGCUCACCAACGAAACCCGCUGUCUGAACUGUGAAGCGGUCAGUAGCAAAGAUGAGGACUUUCUGGACCUUUCGGUAGACGUGGAACAAAACACUUCAAUAACCCACUGUUUAAGGGGUUUUAGUAACACGGAGACGCUGUGUAGUGAGUGCAAGUAUUACUGUGAGCAGUGCCGCAGCAAGCAGGAAGCACAGAAAAGAAUGAGAGUGAAGAAGCUGCCCAUGAUCCUGGCGCUGCACUUGAAAAGGUUUAAGUACAUGGAUCAGCUGCACCGAUACACCAAACUGUCGUACCGCGUGGUCUUCCCCCUGGAGCUGAGACUCUUCAACACCUCCGGAGACGCCACCAACCCCGACCGCAUGUACGAUCUGGUGGCUGUCGUCGUGCACUGUGGCAGUGGUCCUAAUCGUGGCCAUUAUAUCACGAUUGUGAAGAGCCAUGGAUUUUGGCUGCUGUUUGAUGACGACAUUGUCGAGAAAAUAGAUGCUCAAGCCAUAGAGGAGUUUUAUGGGCUCACGUCUGACAUUUCAAAAAACUCAGAGUCCGGAUAUAUCCUCUUUUAUCAGUCACGGGACUAAACCAUAGGAACAGAGUCUGGUCCUCCUGGGCGACUUGGGGAGGCCCACUGAGCCAGGAGAUAUGGUGGGGGGGCAGGAGGGGGCUGGCAGGAAGACCCGAACCGGAGGGGCAGAGGAGUGGAGCGCAGAGCAGUGCACGGCUUGAGGGAGAAUCCCUGUUCUUCAGUGCGUACAGUGAAACUCACUUAAUAGAAUUGCUGGUUUAAAAGAAUCAACUGAAUAUUGUAAUCGAAAAUAUUUUCCCAACACAAAAUAAGCCCAUUUUAUUGAAACGGCUUAAACCACUUACUGUGAUCAAAUUGCCUCUCAGCUUGUCUGUGUUUCGUCAGUCGUCCGUUACCCCCCAAAAGAAUACCUCAUUUGUUUGAAUUUGGCAAAUCACAAAAUAGUGUGCUGACAUAGUGAGGAAUUUUAUUCACCAAUAUCAACAUUUCACUGUUAAUACAACUAGUUUCCUCUGCGUAACCUGAAAUGCUGCGGUACACUGAAUGAUUUUAGUUCUAUGUUUUCUCAUUUCUUCCAAGAAAUGAACAUACCUCAUAAUUGAAUCAAUCAGAGGAUAAAAACUGUUUACUUGAUCAUUUUGUGAUCAAAACAACCACAAACGUGAUCACAUUAAGAGACUUUCACUAGUCCCUGUUUUGAGGUUCAAGUUGAAGUCGAUUCCAUAAAUCUUCCCUGUUUUGUAGUUCCAUUCACUACAUAGGUCUCCAAUGUACAGUUUGGAAAGAAAUGAUAGUUAAAUUGAGUUGCCAGUUUUAUUGCCUUACAGAAAGUCAGUUACUGCUUUACUUUCUCGCUCAUUUGACCCUAGCAAUGUUUUCUGGGUCGAAUCAUGUUACUGACUGAAAGCAUGUCAGUCAAUAGGGGAAGCAGCUGACUAGGUAUUGACAUGGAAGAAGCCAGUGAAGGGGUGGGGAUGAUUUCACAAUCUAGGUGAAAUUGACCCAGGAAGUGGACGUCCUUGAAAUCCAGCGUUUCUUUACCAUAGUUUAGUACCAGAUGUCUGUUCUAAAAUGAAAUUAUGUUUACUGAAAUAUUAGCUUCUUUCAAAACUGCCCAUUUAAGACCGAGAUAAUAAAUGGAUAUUCACUGCAGAGAGAAUGCAUGGAGCGCUUUUGUUAGAUACUCUCACUUUAGCCAUUUGCUAGGACAUUUUUAUUUUAAUUUUUUUUAGAUGUACAAAAUAAUUGAUUCAGCUACUUUUAUCAGAGAAAAAUCUGAACAUUGUAUCAUUUUGUUAAUAAUUAGUUAUGGUAAUAUGUUAUUUUAAGCAGAUGUUUUAUAUUUGGCACAUUGACUUAAAUGUUCAAUUUUGAUAUGUAAGUUAUAGUCUGAUAAUAAUAAUGACAAAAGGUUUAUUGAAUGUGCCCUAGAGUUCACAUUCAGCCUCCUCUUGUAUGUUUGGUUUCUGGUGAUGUGUAUAGAAAUGUGUCAUCGCUCUUUUUCUUUCCCCAGGGAGUCGCCUGCACAGCAUGUGAUUUAUUUGCUUGACUUAAGUUAUGAUGUGAGAUUUUCAAGGCUUUUUAGUGGGGUCACAACUUAAAUUAGGUUGAGAUUUCCUCAUAGUUUUACAUGCUGUAGAACAUUAUACACCAUGGCUUGCUGAUUCAUUAUUUCGUAUAUAUGUGUGUGUGUGUGUGUGUGUGUGUGUGUAUAUAUAUACACACACACACACACACACA